CUUUCUUCUCCGGCAAUCAAAUAUUUAUGAUGUAAGUUGCAAAAAGGGUAUAAAAACUGUUACCUAAGCUAUAUUGUCAUUGUUGAGGAAAAGUUGAAUGUAAUCGAAACAUGGCGUAUUAUCUUCGAUUGUCUGUUUCCAUACUUGUGAUGCUCACCUUGGUGAUGUAUUUAGUGUGUGUGAGCACGGAUUACUGGCAGAAAACACACUACAAGUACAGUUCGAUUAGUAGACACGCUAUUAAAGCCACUCACAGUGGGAUAUGGAGCGGUUGUUUCAUCAAGGGAAACACGGAAUAUUGUGGUCACAUUCACUUAGAAAAACAUUGGCUUAAAGCAGUUCGAGCAUUUAUGAUUCUUGGUAUUAUUGCUAACAUGGUGGCAGCAAUUUACACCGUGUUGGCUUUCAUCAAGGAAAACAUACGCUUCCAAAUUGUUGGUGUGAUACUCAUAAUAAACGCUCUGUUUAUUCUUAUCGGGCUGGCCGUCUAUGCAGCAAAAUCUGGAUUGCCUUUCGAGAGAACAUACGAAGACGGCAAAUUUGAAUGGUCAUUUAUAGUUGCCUGGAUAACUUGGGUUUUGACUAUUGUGGCGUGUGUACUUUCGUUUUUGGAUGAACGAGUCGAACCUCAAUUUCAAGACUACUAAGCCAGAUUGCGUGUAUUGGACGUUGGCAUGUCAUCGAUCGUGAUCUUUUUUAAUGUGAUUAUCAAUUUAUUACAGUUUUAACGUCAUGUCGCCGUUAAUUUUGGCAAAUUCACCGUCAUUUCAAUUAUUUUCUGUGCAGUUUAUCUUUGUUUUAUGUAAAAUACAUAGUUGAUUGUUCCAUAAGUUAAAUGAAAAAUAAAUUUAAAUUUAAAAUUAGCUCCCAGAAAAAAAAAACAUUUCUCUGCUUUCCUUUCAUGGAACCAGGCAUGAACCUUGUUGUCAAAAACCCUUGUAAAAUGAAAAUGGCAACCUCCUUCUAAGGGCAUUUUGACUUGUUGAUGAAGUUGAACUGCGUAAUAACGGCUCAGGGGUCACAAGCCCCGAGGAUGAGAUUGUGGAAAUGGAGCUUCAAAAAAUACUGUAAAUAAAGAGCGAUUUUAAAAGAAAAAAGACAUGGGUUUCUUGUAUUGGGUUAAGUCUUUUUUUAUUGUAAAAUGUCAAAUGUAGCCAAUAAUAAGGCCUACUCCAAAUUCGCAAAAAUAUAAUUUAACAAACUUUGUCUCCCGUUAAAAAGAUACAAAGAGCCCUGGGUUCGAGGUUGCUGCUCAAGUUUAGUAAAUAUUUUAAAAACAUAUUUUUUGAUAUUUAUUAAUUAUAUUUAAUUUAAUACUUAUUAUACAUGUUAGAGGUAUUAUGUAUCCAAAUGUUUUUAAUGAAAGAAUUUAUUUUUUGUGUUUUACACUUA